AUGGGCGUGAAGGACGCUGUAAAUUGUUCCAGAAACGACACAAACUUAAUUAGUGAGAGACUAAAUCCGCCUUUUAUUUAUCUAGAAGGCACGUAUCAUGAGUGUGAUACAGCUAGUAUUAAUAACGAGACUCACCACCUCGACAUUGAGAUCAUCAUUCUACCAAUACCCCUCACCUUCACAUCGCCCAAGGUAUUUGAGAAACGCCGCAAAUCGUCGCAAAAAAAUUCACGACCUCUAACUGAUAGUUUCCACAUUAAAGCUCUUUCCUUCCAAUCUUCAGAUAGCAUAUUUCCCAAUUCCAAAACCUUCCUCCCAAUCUCGCCACGCCUUUUCAAACCUAAGCUACUGCAUUACGCUCAAGGCCCUCGCCACCUUUCCCAACACCUCAGUAAUAUUAUUUCCAUACCCUCGAUCCAGGCUAAGCGCGAACGGAUUCCCAUUGACACAAACAUGGACCCAAGUCCCCAGUGUGGAUUAGUAUUCCCAAAUAUCAUCUGCUGUGUGCCUGUACGGGCCACCCGCAUAAGGCAAUUGUUGCGUCCAGAAAAGCUCCCUAUGUACACAGGAAACAGCGGAGAUUGCGAAGCAGGCAGGAUGAUUCAGACGCUGUAG